GUCAAGGAAGGACGGGAGUAUUUUUAUUCCUCCACAGACAGCCAGCGCCAUGGACCACGUGCUGCGCUUGGCAGACCGUUACGUCUUGACUCCGUACCUGUACCCGGCCUCGUGGCAGGAGGACGGUGCCGUGCGGCAGAUGGUCAGCCUGUUUCUUCUCACCAACGUGGGAGCGCAACUGCUGUACAUGGUCUUUGGUGCGCUGAGUUUCUACUACGUCUUUGACCACCGGCUUAUGAAACAUCCACAUUUUAUUAAGAAUCAGGUGAGUCAAGAGAUCCGUCUGGCGACGACGUCCCUUUUCUGGAUGAGUUUCCCCACCGUGAUGCUUUUCUUCUGGGAGGUCAGAGGACACAGUAAACUUUAUGACGGCAUCACUCCAACUUUUUUAGGAUGGUCCGAAGUGUUGGUGAGCAUUGCUGGAUUCUUGUUCUUCACCGACACGUGCAUCUACUGGAUACACCGCUGCAUGCAUCACAGGAGCAUCUAUAAGUACUUACAUAAGCAGCAUCAUUUAUUCAAGAUCCCCACGCCGUUUGCGAGCCACGCCUUCCACCCGCUCGACGGCUUCCUGCAGAGCUUACCCUACCACGUCUACCCUUUCAUGUUCCCGCUCCACAAGGUCGUCUACCUGUCUCUCUUCGUCUUUGUCAAUAUCUGGACCAUUUCCAUACACGACGGUGACUACCGCAUCCCGGGUCCCUUGAUACAUCUCAUUAAUGGUGCCGCCCACCAUGUGGACCAUCAUCUUUUCUUCAACUACAACUAUGGACAGUAUUUUACCCUGUGGGACCGUUUAGGAGGGUCCUAUAGAUAUCCCUCGGUCCUGCGGGGGAAUGGACCGCAUGACCACAUCCGGAAGAUGGAGUGGAGCUAUAACAGAAGACUGAAUUGACUUGAGUCGUUAUUCACGAUUAUUAUUGUUCUGAUAUUUCAAUAUCUUUUAAUUAGCUUUGUGCUGCUAGCAUGUCAAACCAAAGAACCAUCAGCAUGCAUGCAUGCAUGGGUCUUUCAUGACAUAUCCGUAAACAUAAAUCCAUGCUCAUCCGCCAAUUGUGGUGCCAACACAUCAAGCGACCGCUCCAGAAAACGUCAACAAACUAAGAAUAAUUCAACGCAAAAUGAAGGUCAUCGACCCGAGUGGGAAUUGGAACACAGUCUCGUUCCAGUGCUGGUUCAGCUCCCAGUAUUCGGAGUGUUUUCGUGCAGGCUUGUCAGCGAAAGGUCCGUCCACUUCAUCUCUUGUUCUUUCACCGACUCCGUGGAUCCGCCGUUGUCCUGCUCGGCUUCAGGGAGUUCGCUCUGAAAGACAACCAGGCUGAAGGUCUCAUCGCUUCUCUUGAACUGGUUCUGAUACCGAUCCACAUACUAAACUGCAAGUUUAGUAUGUGGAUUUGUGGAUUAGCAAU